CAAAUUAAGCAAAUUCUAGCUUACCAUUAUCUGAGAACUAAGCUGUUACAGAGCAGUCUGAUAUAUACUGAUGAGUACAAGUUGCCCACUAUAUCAUUAGUCAGGAUGAAGAAAAAGUUGCAAUACAUGAAAGCUUUUGCUUCUCUUUGUUUAACCUUACAGACAGCAAAGCAGGGAAUUCCACAAUAUGGCAAGGUCUACAUUAUUUACUUGCUGUUGGCUUUUUCGGUGACAACAUUUAUAAUGAUUAUUAUUAUUCUAAUAAUUCUUUCAAUUAAGAGCCAUUCCCAUCAAACUGCCAAAGGAAUGGAAGGGACUCCUCUGGAAAAACGGACACUUCUCAAUGGAAUGGAGAGGGAUACACUUGAAAAACAGACGUCAGCAUCGUCAUUUGAAAAGCCUCUUUGGUUUAAAGAUAUGUAUCAACCUCUGGAGGAAAUAAGGAAAAAAGACAUGAUUGAUAAAUUACAUGAUGAAGAGUCCUCAGAAGAGGAAAACAUAUACAAUUGGGCUAGCGCAAGACCUCCAGAAAUCCCUGAGCUUAUUCCUGUGGAAAAACUGGAGCUAAUGCCACCACCAGCACCAGCAGCUGCUGAACCUCCAGCCAAGGCUCCAUCUGAACCUCCAGCUCCGGCUCCAGCUCCGGCUCCGGCUCCAGCUCCAGCUCCAGCUCCGGAGCCUAUUAAAAAGGCCAGCUCAAAGAAAUUGUCUGAAAAAGAGUCUCCCAUGAGUGAAAUUUUUCCAAACACUGAAUCUGAAAAAGAGACUCCCAUCAGCGAAACUCCUCCGAAGACAGAGUGA